GACAUAAACGGCUUCGCAUUGAAGGCGAUUAACUUAAAGCCCUAUUCCACACAACAGGCGGUGUUUGUGAGCGAUGUUGUGACCAAAAUGUUUAGAGGCGUCUCUAUUCUCACCGCUCACUACAUACUCGAGAAGAUUCUUCAGGUCAAGCUAUACGAGUGCACGAGACUACAUGAGGACACGUUUGUGAGGAGUGGCGUCCGUCCCCUUCAAGGAGAUAAACUGGUAUUCGUGGAUGUUUUGCGCAAAUGUUUACCACAAUUGCGGCAAAUCAUAAUGGCCGGAAUGCCUCUCACACCCCAUUCCUAACACCUGUUUUACUUAUAAACUAAUUAUUUUUCACUUUCGUAAACGAAAAUUGUAAAUAUUGUACCAAAACUACACAUUUUAACCAAAAAAUAAUUUAUUUUCAAAACACAUGACUUAUUAUUAUUAUAAUUAUUCUUAUUAUUGACUAAAUUAAGGAAAUAAAUAAUUUUAUAAUUAAA